GAAUCUCCUUUGCUUUGUUUUGCUGAUAAUUAAGCUAAGGUUUCUGCUUUUAUGUAAUUGUGUUAAUUACAAUUCAAGAAUGGGAUUGACCGGAGAGGAUAAGGAAAUCGGUGACGGUGGGGGAUUUCAAGCCGGUGUAGAUGACGCGCCGCCUCCGCCGCCGGAGAAUCAAGAAAACUCCGCCGGGGGACCCAGAGUGAUCCGGUACCGGGAGUGCCUGAGGAACCACGCGGUUAGCAUCGGAGGGAGUGUUACGGAUGGGUGCGGCGAGUUUAUGCCCGCCGGCGAAGAGGGAACGGUGGCGUCCUUGAAAUGCGCCGCCUGUAACUGCCACCGUAACUUCCACCGCCAAGAAACCCCCCACGGCGACGGCGGCGCUCCUCCGCCGCCUAAUCCCCCCGCCCUUCCCUCCUUUGCUUCCAUGACCCACCGCCACAAUGCAUGGGCUUCCCUCGCCGCCCUAUCCCCGAAAACCUUCGGCGGCGCUAAACCCCCAACCACCGCCGUCGCCGUCUCCACGGCGGCGACGUCGACGGCGACCGUUGCCUCGUCAUUCCAAGAACCAAACUUUAACCCCCACAAAUGCUUCACCUCAGCCCCCUUCCCUUCCGCCGCCACCGCCACGGCGGCGCCGGCGCCGGCGACGGUUGCCUCGUCAUUCCAAGAACCAAACUUUAACCCCCACAAAUGCUUCAGCUCCGCCCCCUUCCCUACCCCCGCCACGGCGGCGCCGGUAACGGUUGCCUCCUCAUUCCAAGAACCAACCUUUAACCCCCACAAAUGCUUCAACUCGGCCCCCUUCCCCUCCCCCGCCACCGCGGCGGCUCCGGCGCCGGCGCCGCCGUCGGAGACGCGGGGAAAGAAGCGGUUCAGAACGAAAUUCACGGCGGAUCAGAAGGAGAAGAUGACGGAAUUUGCAGACAAAAUCGGGUGGCGAAUUCCCAGAGAAGAAGAAAACAUCAAUGGAGUUGAAAGAUUUUGCGGCGAAAUUGGAGUGAAGAGACAAGUGUUCAAAGUUUGGAUGCAUAACAACAAAUCCUCUGCUAAACCCAACGCCACAUCACCAUCGCAAUCAUCAUCAUCAUCAAUCAACAACUAAUCAUCAUCAUUAUUAUCAAUCAAUCAUUUUAUUAGCUAGUCAGCUUCUUCUGCAAGUAUAGUUAUCUGUAAGAGUAGUUAUUAUUAUGUAUAAUGUUAGGUAGAAAAGGAAAAAGGUGAAUGUGUAUAAAUAUAAGCUAGUAGGUAGCUAGUAUUGUCAACCUUAGCUUGUCUGAUAUCAUGACUUUGUUGAGUGUACCAAUUUUGUGUAUAUGUGAUAUUAAUGUGAAAAAUGU